AUGACGGUUGUAGCGGCGGCGGCGGCGGUGGAGGGAGGCGUGGGGAGGAGGAGGAGGUUCGCGCUGCUGCUGGCGGCGAGGGACUCGGAGUACGUGCGCAAGGUGUACGGCGGCUACCUGGAGGUGUUCGUGCGGGCAUUCGGCGACGGCGACGGCGGCGGCGAGGAGUGGGACAUGUUCCGGGCGGUGGACGGCGAGCUCCCCGGCGCGGACGAGCUCGACGGCUACGACGGCUUCGUCAUCAGCGGCAGCCCGCACGACGCGUACGGCGACGAGCUGUGGAUCCUCCGGCUGUGCCUCCUCAUCCGCGACCUCGUCGCCCUCCGCAAGAGGCUCCUCGGCAUCUGCUUCGGCCACCAGGUGAUAUGCCGCGCGCUGGGCGGCCGCGUGGGGAAGGCGAGGGGCGGGUGGGACAUUGGCAUCAGGGAGGUGGCCAUGGCGGAGUCGCUGCCGCCGUACAGGUUCCUCGACGACGCGCUGCAGGGCCUCCCGGCGGCGGCGGCGCCGUACGCCAAGAUCACCGAGGUGCACCAGGACGAGGUCUGGGAACUGCCGGCCGGCGCCGAGGUGCUCGCCUCCUCGUCCAAGACCGGCGUCGAGAUGUUCUGCGCCGGCGACCGCGUGCUCGGCAUCCAGGGCCACCCGGAGUACACCAUUGACAUCCUCCUCAACCUCGUCGACCGCCUCUCCUCCGCUGGAUCCAUCACCAUGGCGAUGGCAGAGGCAGUGAGGAGGCAGGUGGAGGAUACUGGCCCUGACAGGGAAUUUUGGCUCAAACUGUGCAAAAGUUUCCUUAAGACUGAAGAAGAAUAGCAUAUGCCCAAUUGCCCAUGCACUGAUAAACAUACACAUUUAGUACUACCUUGUGAUUGUAUUUAGUAAUUCUGGCCAUGUCGAUGUUUGUGACAGUGUGAGGUAGCUUGUUGCUUCCUAGUUUAUGCUGUUAGUGGUAGGCACAGAUGCCCAGUUUUACCAUCAAAUUUAUUGUGAAUCAGUAUGUAUUGGAAGUCCUUAUCACCAAUGUUGACAUGCAUAAUUGAAAUAAACAAAGCUUGAU